CACUCACUGUCACAGGGCGCCGCCCUCUCGCUCUCCGGGCUCCGGCGACCAUGAGCGUCGGCAGCGGCAGCCUGAGCGGGCCGGACUCCCGCGUGGAGACCAUCUCCCGCCUCGCCCAGUGGCGCAUCGACACCUUCGGCCCCUGCUCCUACCGCCGCUCCGACCCCUUCAAGCUCGGCAUCUGGAACUGGUACCUGUCGGUGGAGAAGAGCAGGUCGGUGUACGUGCGGCUCUUCCCGGAGCCCGGCCGGCUGGCCAAGGAGCAGCCGCCGCACGCCCGCUUCCUGCUCCGCGUCUCCUGGGCCGGCCCGCCGCGUCGCUCCACCGUCUCCCCAGUUAUCGAGCAGCUUCUCCGAACCAGCGAUGAUUUUGUGUGGCAAGUGGAGGUGAUGUCCCAUGGGCGUUUUACAAUUGAUGUUGAGUUCUUGGACCUGAGGAUAGGAACGAACAAUGCUACUGAAUCAUCUUCGUCGGUCUGGCCAAAUGAAGGCGUGGUGCAGAAGGUCGCUAGCAAGAGCACCCUGGGAUGCCUCUCCCGCAUGCUGACAGAGUCCAUACACGCCGACGUCACCAUAAACACGACGGACGGUGUCCUGAAAGCGCACAAGUCGGUGCUGGCGGCAUGUUCCCCCGUGUUCGAGAGCAUGUUCGUGCACGACCUCAAGGAGAAGGAGUCGUCCACAAUCGACAUCGACGACAUGUGCGUGGACUCCUGCUCUGCCCUGCUGGGCUUCGUGUAUGGGACGAUCCGGCAGGAGCAGUUCUGGAAGCACCGGCUGUCGCUGCUGGCGGCGGCGAAUAAGUAUGGCGUCGGCGACCUCAAGGCGUGCUGCGAGGAGAGCCUGCUGGAGGACAUCAGCUCGGGCAACGUGCUGGAGCGGCUCCACGUGGCGUGGCUGUACCAGCUGGAGAAGCUGAAGAAGGGGUGCCUAACGUACCUGUUCGUCUUCGGGAAGAUCUACGACGUGCGGGACGAGAUCAACGGGUUCUUCCACCACGCGGACCGUGAGCUGACCCUGGAGAUGUUCCAGGAGGUGCUCAGUGUGUGGAAGCCCAUUUGAGGGGCCUGAGGUUGAGGCUUCUGUUUUGGUGGUUAUGCUUUGCUGCCCCAACUGAAGCUGUUUAGGUACCCCCUGUAAGUAAUGUAAUGUACUCCUAUAAUGUUGCUGUACAAGAAGCUGUUGACCAGCCUGUUGUGGUCUGGCCUGGUUUUGUAAAUAGGGUGUAAAAGUUUGUGAGGAACUUGAGUAACAGUACUUUGCUUGUCCAUCAUGAAGUCCUGUAUCCUGAAAUACAGUAUAUCUUUGUAUUGUGUAGA